UAGGGCCCUGUCUCAAAAUAAACUUUAAAUAAGUGUUGGGGAAAAUAAAAAGGUCUGGGGACAUAGCUCAGAACUUCCCGGUUUCAAUCUCUAGUUCCAGAGAUGAGGGGGGAGGGGGCUUGAGAAAAAAAAAUAAAGAACCAACCCAAGACCCUGGGGACCCAUGGGACUCCAGACUUUGUGCACAGGGCUUUCUGCACUGUGGACCUGAGUUUCCAGAUUUGUGGUCUUGUCAGCCCCGUAGCAUGGGGCUCGGGAAGAGCCUGGCCAUUUGGGCUACUUCCUGCACCUGAAGUCCAUCACCUCUGGCUCCUGCCCCCAACUUGUCCCAGCGGUGUGAAGGUGACCAAGCCGUUUUCCUUCUGGAGCUCGAUCUUUGUGGUGGCGAUGGUUCCUCCCACACGGUGUUGUGAGGGUUCCACGCUCGGGGGAUGUGGCAGCGCCCCUGGCACAGUGCCUGUGCCUCAUGCUGUGAUCAGCAAGCUGGUACAGCAGUGACACUUUAUCCCACGUGUCUCCUCGCCCGGAGCAUGGGACUGUCAUCCAUCAUGGUAGCUCAAAGGACACAGGUGUCAAGCUAUGGGGUCAGUGCAGAUGGCAGUUCUGCCACUCAAAAGCCAGCCUGGCCCUGCAGGGGCCGGGAGACACACCCAGUUCUCAGGACCAGGGGAAGCUGGGCGACAGCCUCAUCCAUCAAUGACAGCCUCGGUCCAGCCUAACUUUAUGGACCCCACAGGUACUUAAGUCUCCACAGGGUGCAGGUGCGCCCAGUCCUUCCUCAGCGCAGGCUGCUGCUCAGAGCAGGUAGGCGAGGGUGGGGAUGAGAGGGCCCUGGUUCUCGGGGGACCAGAGAAUCAGCUUCAGAGCAAAACCCAAGGAAAAGUACUGGCCCUGGGCUGGCGACGGGGCUCUCGUCCUCGGCAGACCAGGGUCUGGUUUCGCCAGCCCUGCAGGUGGGAGAGGGCUUGGGAAAGCGGUGCGCACGAGGGCGGUGUGCCGCUGUGCCGGGCUCCAUCCUGGCCUCGAGCUCGUACUCCGGGUCUGCAGGGGCGGAGCUGCUGGCCUUGGCGUUGCAGGCCUCUGUCUCCCCGACCAGAGCUGAAGGCUGAGGGUGUGACCACAGGUGAAAGGAGAGUGCCUGGAAACUGAGCUUAGCGAUGGGAAGGCAGCAAGGAGAGGGACAGCUCUGCGACCUCCCACCCCAGACCCCAUGACGAUUUGGUGUUUUUUUUUGUUUUGUUUUGUUUUGUUUUUGUGGUGCUGGGGAUCGAACCCAGGACCUUGUACAUACCAGGAUAGAACUCUACCACUGAGCCACAUCCCCAGCCCAACCAUGACGGUUUCAUACACCCUCAAAGUGGCCGAGGCGCGCUUCGGAGGCUUCUCCGGCCUGCUGCUGCGGUGGAGGGGAAGCAUCUACAAGCUCCUGUACAAGGAGUUUCUGCUCUUUGUCGCCCUCUACGCCGCGCUCAGCAUCACCUACCGGCUGCUGCUGAGCCAGGCUCAGAGGCACGUGUACGCCCAGGUGGCCCGGUACUGCAACCGCUCUGCGGACCUCAUCCCUCUGUCCUUCGUACUGGGUUUCUACGUGUCUCUGGUGGUGAACCGCUGGUGGUCCCAGUACACCAGCAUCCCGCUGCCAGACCAGCUGAUGUGCGUCAUCUCGGCCAGCGUGCACGGCGCGGACCAGCGCGGCCGCCUGCUGCGCCGCACCCUCAUGCGCUACGCCAACCUGGCGUCGGUGCUGGUGCUGCGCUCGGUGAGCACGCGCGUGCUCAAGCGCUUCCCCAGCCUCGGCCACGUGGCGGACGCAGGUUUCAUGUCCGAGGAAGAGAGGAAAAAGUUUGAGAGUCUGAAAUCCGACUUCAACAAAUACUGGGUCCCCUGCGUCUGGUUCACGAACCUGGCUGCCCAGGCCCGCAAGGAUGGACGCAUCCGGGACGACAUCGCUCUCUGUCUCCUUCUGGAAGAGCUGAACAAGUACCGUGCCAAGUGCAGCAUGCUGUUCCACUAUGACUGGAUCAGCAUCCCGCUCGUCUACACCCAAGUGGUGACCAUCGCGGUGUACUCCUUCUUCGCCCUCUCCCUGGUUGGCCGACAGUUUGUGGAGCCAGAGGCAGGGGCCGCCAAGCCUCAGGAGCCUCUGGAACCCGGCCAGGAGCCGGGGCCGGGGCUGGGAGACCCGGACAUGUACGUGCCUCUCACGACACUGCUGCAGUUCUUCUUCUAUGCCGGCUGGCUCAAGGUGGCCGAACAGAUCAUCAACCCCUUUGGUGAGGAUGACGACGACUUUGAGACCAAUCAGCUCAUAGACCGAAACCUGCAGGUGUCCCUACUGGCCGUGGAUGACAUGUACCAGAACCUGCCCCCCGCCGAGAAGGACCCGUACUGGGACGAGGCCCAGCCGCAGCCGCCCUACACCUUGGCCACGGCGGCCGACUCUCUGAGACCUUCUUUCCUGGGCUCCACCUUCAACCUGCGCAUGAGCGACGACCCGGAGCAGAGCGUGCAGGUGGAGGCGUCCCCCGUGCCGGCCCGGCCAGCGGCGCAGACCCCGCUGCUCGGCCGCCUCCUGGGCGCGGGUGCACCGUCCCCCGCCAUCAGCCUGCGCAACUUCGGCCGAGCGCGCGGCCCCCCGCGCACCCCGCACCUGCUGCGCUUCCGAGUCGAGGAGGUUGGGGACGCCGAGCCCGCAGGGCGCAUAGAGGAGGAGGCAGCGGAGUCUGCGGAGGAGGCUCUGGAGCCCUGACACCGCCCGCCUCACCCCCAUCCGCCCUCCCUGCGGCCCUAGGCAGGUUUUCCCGGGGACUGGACAGCUUUAGGAAGGCCCUGAAAGCCAAGAUGCAAGGCAAGGCCUGAACCAGGGGUGGGGAUGUGGCUCCUGCGAAGGCCCUGGGUU